UUGGAAGGAUCGAUUAAUCUGUGCAUAAAUGCAAUUGUCCUUGGCUGGAUCUGUAAAUAAAAAAUUUCAAAGUCUUGAUCUUGGUAGGUGCCAAGCUGUACGUAUAUGGGGUUUGACAUCGUAAUUUGUUGUGCAUUGUAGGAUGAGGACCUCGAAGAGACUCGAACCCUUGUCGUCCUGCUACAGGAGAAAUGAUCGCCGUUCAAUAUCGCAUCGCCAGUUGUUGUCCCGGCGGAUAUUCUACCGAACUCGGUGACUUUUCUUCUCUUCAUAUAAUAUCGCAUUCAUCACCUUAAGUGGCGCGAACGCGGACAAAGUGCACGCACAUUCCAUUCCAUUAUGCCCUUAGAGCUCAAGCGGAAAGGGAGCUGACAGAAUUUGUGUAUAUAUUUAUAGUUUUUUCUGGCAAUUGACGCGUUUUAGAUUAGCAGUAGAAGUGGAAGGGGCCUGCGGAAUGCAGAUGUCUUACGAGUGCAGGCUAUGGCCUGCUUUUUCUUCUUGAUUUUGGUUUUGUUCCUCGAUGCAUUUGCUCAGCGGAGACGGAUCGGUUUUCUGUUGAACUUUCUGGCAAUCUUUUUAAAGCCACGACUAAAUUUAGCCUUGGGAGACAAUUGGAGGAUCAGGACGGACAGCAGCUUUGUGAUUCGCAGCAGAGGCAGAUGGGGCAAAUGUGGCUGAUAGGGUUCCACUCUCGACCUCUAUUUCCCCGAAUAUUCCGCUAGAUCUGGAGUAAUUUCCGCAAAAAAAAAGGUUUCUAUCAAUUGGCAGAAGUCAGCUGUAGACCAAGGUUGUAGUUCUCGAUCGUUGCGGAAAUCGGUCGCGAGCGCGAAAAGAUGCAGCCGGACCAGCGGCGAAAGAGCUCUGCAGAGACAGAGUUCUUUACAGAGUAUGGAGGAGCUAGUCGUUACAAGAUCCAAGAAGUGAUAGGCAAAGGAAGCUAUGGAGUUGUAUGCUCUGCAAUUGAUACACAUACUGGGGAGAAAGUAGCAAUUAAGAAGAUAACCAACAUCUUUGAACAUUUGUCUGAUGCCACACGGAUAUUACGUGAAAUCAAACUUCUCAGGCUGCUGCGUCAUCCUGACAUAGUGGAAAUUAAGCACAUCAUGUUACCUCCUUCACAGAGAGAAUUUAAAGAUAUAUAUGUUGUAUUUGAACUUAUGGAGUCUGACCUACAUCAGGUUAUAAAGGCUAAUGAUGACCUGACACCUGAACAUUACCAAUUUUUCUUAUAUCAACUUCUUCGAGCUUUGAAGUAUAUACAUACAGCAAAUGUAUUUCAUCGGGAUCUGAAGCCAAAGAAUGUCCUUGCCAAUGCGGACUGCAAGCUCAAAAUUUGUGACUUUGGCUUAGCAAGAGUUGCCUUCAGUGACACUCCCACAGCAAUCUUUUGGACUGAUUAUGUUGCCACAAGGUGGUACAGGGCUCCUGAGUUGUGCGGUUCCUUUUUCUCCAAGUAUACUCCUGCCAUUGAUAUUUGGAGUAUUGGAUGCAUUUUUGCUGAAGUCUUGACCGGAAAACCACUUUUUCCUGGCAAAAAUGUUGUUCAUCAGCUUGAUUUGAUGACAGAUCUUCUCGGCACACCUUCCCCAGAAACAAUUGCAAGGGUUCGCAAUGAAAAAGCUAAAAGGUACUUGAAUGGCAUGCGUAAGAAGCAACCUAUAUCCUUUGUACAGAAAUUCCCAGGAACAGAUCCCUUAGCACUAAAGCUCUUGGAGAGAUUGCUAGCAUUUGAUCCGAAGGAUCGACCUACUGCAGAAGAGGCUUUGGCUGAUCCUUAUUUCAGAGGGUUAUCAAGAGUGUCACGAGAACCAGUAGCUCAGCCAAUAACUAAAUUGGAGUUUGAGUUUGAGAGACGAAGGGUUACAAAAGAGGACGUGAGAGAACUUAUUUAUCGUGAAAUUCUUGAAUAUCAUCCACAGAUGCUGAAAGAGUAUCUGAAUGGAACAGAUCGUACAAAUUUUAUGUAUCCUAGUGCUGUUGAUCAUUUUAAGAGGCAAUUUGCUCAUUUGGAGGAGCACUAUAGUAAAGGCUCAACAGUGCCUCCGUUAGACAGGCAGCAUGCAUCUUUACCGAGACCUUGUGUCAUCUAUUCAAAUCCAUUAGGCCCUUUGUCAGAGCAAGCAUCUUCAGGCCCUUCGAGGGAUCACACUAUUGAAGUUCGUAAUGAACCUAAUAGAUGUUUUAGAGAGGCAGAGAAAGAGCACCAAGAGCGGAGCUCUAGAAAUGCAAAGGUUCCAUUGCCUACAAAUCAAAAAGUUUUGCAAGGAAUUGCUGCAAAACCAGGAAAAGUUAUUGGUCCUGUGUUGCCCUAUGAAAAUGGCACCGUGAAGGAGCCAUAUAAUCCUAGAAGAUUAAACAGAAAUUCUGCUAAUACAACUUCUCAGUACCCUGUGCCAGUUUACUCUUAUCCACGAAGAAGUUCUGCAGCAAAAAUAGAGUUGGAUGAUAAGAGGGCAGAUGGUCUUAAUCAACCAUGUUUAUCACAACCAAAGGCUCAGUAUGUUGGUGUUGGUUCAGCAAGGAACAUAGCUGCAGUUCAAAGUGGGGCAUCUCACUUGUAUUAGAUGAAGCCGAAUCACAUGUUUUCGUACCUUAACAUAUUUAAAGGCCUGUAAACUGACUCGAUUCUUUGUUGCUGUGGUUUCUCACAUUGUAGCAUCUAAACAAAAUGACUGAUAUAACUUGCAAAUCAGAUGCUCGUGUACAAAAGAUGUACCUCAUUUUGGGACGACUAACAGUUCAGAUAGACGUUUCUUGUGAUUGUAGCAAAGAACCCGUCACUGUUUUAUAAUGUAACACUAAGUCGGACUCCUAUAAAUCUGGCUUCAAAUUAUAUUAUCAAUUUAUGUAUUUGAAACAAGCAUGCAUUAUAUUGCGCAUGCAAAUAAUGAUUGGCUGGGGGCAUCAAGCUUACAGUCAGUUUGGCAUUAGAAACUACACGCUAGAACAUUUGUUUUAAAAAAUUCCAGUGAGAUGAUCAGCAAUCCAUUUUGAGCUGAUGUCUAAUACAAUGGACAUUCUUAUUUUUUUA